AUGCAGUUCCUCGAUUUAGCACCCGAGUUGGUCCAUCAGAUUUUACUCGAAGCCGUCCUUACUCGCGGGAUCCAUAGAUCUAUCAUAUUAAGACUUGUAUGCAAGCGGUUUUAUCAUGACGUCCAAUUUGCGCUAUUUAGAUCUCACCUUCUAGACGAUUACAAGACCAACAGACUCUUAUGCCUCUGGGAAAUAGAUGGAAAUAAAUGGGCGAACACAUUUUGGCACUCCUACCUUGUAUACAGAGUCCAAUAUAACUCCGAUUCCUGCCCACCCCAUUUUCGCCACAUCCGCAGACUUGUCGAAACUCUCUGUGCGGAAACGGGCAACGACGUGAGAACCACCAUCGAAAGACUUUGCUGGCCGAUAUUAAUCGACGCAACACAUCGUGCCAGUUCCAAUUUGAUUGAUUUAAACUUCAAGUUGGAUCUUUUAUGUGCCGCAACUUAUCUCAAUAUCAUCCCUGUAGUAAAACGCUUACUCCAAGAAGGGUACCCACCACGGACUAUGCGCGAUCUCUUCCUUCCACCUAUGGCAUUGGCUGCAUUGGCAGGAAAUAAAGAUCUACUAGAAUAUUUGCAAAAGAUGGUGAUUGAAACCCAAUCAAGUCACGAUUCAGAAGCUGAACGCUUCAGCUCGAUUAUAACGGCGGCAAUGAGCGGAGACAUAGAGAUGGUACGAACUGCUUUGUAUCCGCCAUCGUGGUCAACUAUCAAUGAUACAAACUUCAUAGACGGGUCAUUUAUCCCCCUAGAAUCAUCCGCUUCGUUUUCUCUUUGGAAAGCGCAAAGGUCCACAGGGAAUCUUGAAAUAUACAAACACAUUGAAGGAUUCUUUCCAAGACCUGUAGAGCAACCGAGCAAGAGUCUCCUAGUGUUGCAUAUUCGUUUAGGAAAUUUCGAGAUAGUAAAGUACAUCUUCGAUACAACAGGAACGUUUUUCCGUGGGGUUCGGGGUGCCGACGGAGCAAAGCAUCGAGACAUGAUUGAUCUUCUACUUGAAUACGGCUUCGAUAGAAACUUCUCUCGCUUAGACGGACAGCAAUCGGAAUAG